AUGAUUGCAUUACGGACAGUUUGCCAGUUUUCCCGUGUAAAUUCCAUCACACGACACAUCACAACGAAUGUGGUGCGACAUGCAGAAGCUGCAGUUGCGUCCUCCGGAGCUGAAAAGCUCACGAUACCGGUCCCGGAGGGUGCGGAUAAGCCGGCUGACCCAAAGCUGGUGUCUAUCGUAGACAGUAUCGCCAAGUUGAAUCUGCUGGAAGUGUCCGAGCUGAGUACGUUGCUGAAGCGAAAGCUUAACUUGCCCGAUACGGCUAUGAUGCCGGCCGGAUUCGGUGCAUUUGCCGGUGGUUUUGGCGGUGCCGCGCCGGCUGCUGUCGACGAGGAGGAAGCUGCCCCGAAGGUGGUCAAAACGACGUUUAAGGUGAAGCUGGUCAAGUUUGACGAGAAACAGAAGGUAGCGCUGAUUAAGGAGGUGAAAAAUCUGCUCGAGGGUAUGAACUUGGUGCAGGCGAAAAAGUUUGUCGAAAGUGCACCGACUCUUGUGAAGGAGGAUAUUCCGAAGGACGAGGCGGAAAAGCUGAAGGAAGCGUUUACCAAGGUGGGAGCGGUGAUUGAGAUAGAGUGA